GUAGCUGGAAUGGCCCCUUAGUCACCAGCGUAUAAAUAGGCAAAUAAAAUCAUCAUUUUUCAUUAAACUAAAACUUUAUGAUUAAUAUAACGACUAUUAAUGGAGUCAUGGAUUCGCCAUUAUUUUAUUUUAUGGUAUUUCCUGGUAAUUUUUAGGAGGCAUCUUUUUUGACAGAAUUAUUUUGUCUUACACUAUGGUUUAGAUAGGUAGUGGUUAAAAUGUCUAAUUUAGGUUUUGCUGUUGGUUAUUUAAUAGGUCACAGAAAAUAUACGUGCUAACCUUGUAUUUUUAAUAUCUUUGACGAGGUCAUUUGUUACUACCAAAUCAUAUGUAUGUUUAAAAUUAUAAAAUGGCCACAGUUAUUUUUCCAGAGGCGCCUAGACAUGAUGAAUCUUUAGAAUGGAUUAACGAAAGCUUUUUAGGAUCCCAAGACUUUGGCCCCAGUAAUGAAUUAUCCUGUAGACAACUACCAUACUGGAAAACUCUAACAAAACGAAUGUCUGAUUCAUAUCAAUCUUUAGUAAGCUUGUUAUCAAAGAAUAAAAAGAGACGAUUUUCGCGAAGACUAAAUUCGAAAUAUGUAAGAAAUGAAGUAAUUGUUUAUAACGUCAAUAACAGUACUGAAAAGGAGCAAGAAAGUAAUUUAGUUAAUGACUGGUAUAAGAGAGAAUACACCAAUCAAGUUGGGGAACCUCCGAAACACGAUGCGGAGGAGCGCUUAGAGAAGGCUAUUAAUGGAUUAAAAUGGCAGUCUAAGUGCAUUGCUUUUGAUCGACUGUUUUAUACUCCACCGAUCCAGCGCGAACUAAUGCUAGAGCAAGUAAAUUGGGAUGACACUCCCCUAGCUCUAGCCUGCACGUGUCCAGCAACGAUAUGCACAUGCUCGUGUAGGAAAAACUAUUUGUUGCCAGCUCAAAAAAUACCUAGACGACUGUGUCCGUAUUGGUUCGGUGUUAAGCGGUUUUUAUGGUUGUUCCAUUGUGCGAAGUAUCCAAAACCGGCUGGUACGCUAAUUCCGAAACUAGUUGCUGUGGUCAAUAAAGAAUCUGCGUUUUACAAAAGUCCUAAAGGACGUAUAAUACUAACAGAGAAAGGUCCAGAGUUUUGCAUGUCCGGUUGUUUACAAUACUUAGUAUCGAGUUCGCAAGCGAAUGCAUUAUUGGCUGCUGAAAUCGCGAAAAUUCAAGAGAUCGACGUUGAAGGACUUCAGGAGAGCGGUGGUACGAAGUUUGACGUACCAGAUGAGAUGGACACCGAAGGAUAUUGUGAUGGGUUCACGUGUACUGUUUCAACGCAAACUGAAAACGAUGGAGAAUCCGACGAAUUAUUAAUGGGAGAUUACACUCACGUCCUGUACGCGUCAGUAGAGAAUACCUUCAUGAGUGACAUGGACGGGAAGAAACUGCAGAUAUCAUUUUACAAUGAAGAGCCUCCAGAUCCUUGUGCUUUUAGUCUUAGCAGAGUUUUCCAUGUCGAUGAAAUGAAACAACACCUUCACAAAAUGAAAGAAUUGUAUUCGUCAAUCUCAGUGAUGAUAGAUAAAUACAGCGCAAAGCACACGUCUAAAGUCGACUUAGAAGGGAGCGAAUGCUGUCAUGACUAUACAUCGUGUAGCCGUAAAAGAUCCGGUCAACGAAUAGAAAAAACCAAGAAAAAAUCUAAUGAAGACCCUGAAGUAACAACGUGGCAGAAACUACAAAAAGCCAAAAGCUCAAUCAGGAAGUAUUUAAAAUAUAUAGAUUUGUCAGACGCUUGUGAUAAACAAAGUUCUAAAAGUGAAACUAGAAGAUGCAUUCCUAAGCCGGAUAUGUCAAGGAAAACGAAUGAUACUAAUAAUGAAAUAAAAAUCAUAUCUCCAACGACGAAUUCCAAAGAAUCUGUAGAAUUACUUAAUGAUGAUAUUAUAAAUACUCAUGAAGCAUCUGAUUUUGAAUCAGAAAAGAUAAAAUCUAGAAGAUUCUCCGUUAAAAAAUCGUCAGACAAAUUGAAAUACAAAGUGUCGUUCAAGGAUGAACAGUCUAAUCAUGAAAUUGAUUGUAGUCCUUGUAAAAAUUAGAAAACAUUUUAUAAAACCAAUUUGGAUCCAAAAGAUCAAAACGAUAAUAAUAUUUCAGUUAGUGACAAUGAAUCAUACAAGUCUGUGUCUAGAAAUUUUUAUUUAAUUUAAAUGUAGCACAUGUAAAAUUGAAGAUUUAAAUAUUUAAAUGAAUGUUUGUGUUGUGUA